CGGCGCUUCCAUGGCUUCCCCUAUUCCUUGGUCUACGUCCAAAAUCGCUCCAAGUACUAGGCAGCGCUUGAGACGCAAACGGAGCUACGUCGACGCGGCAGCCUCAACCCUAGUCUUGGUGAACACUCCAUCAUCCAAGCUCAUCGUCCAGGUACCGAACAAGUAUCUACGCGUCCUCCAUAUGGUCAGCUACGAAUGUGAGGUCCUCAAGCAUGCCUUGACAAUUCUGGAGAAGGACCCGAAAGUCGACAAUGAACCUGGCGUUACGUUCCUGUAUCGCCAUUUGAAGUAUCUCGAUGACGUCCGGUCGGCGUUUGUAAAGCAAGCAAAAGCGAAGAGUGUGGGUGACCCAUCCUGGCGUUGUCCGACAUUAGAGUAUCAUCUGUGGUUACAAGUGACUGUGGAACGGUUUGACGAGAAUGCGCGCCAGGAGUUACUUAAGAAGCAUAAGGUGGAUUUCAAAUAUGUUAGCAGUGGCCAGACGCCGGAUAUUUUCAAUCAUCUCAACUGGGAGCAAUGGAAAGACAACCAGGCUGCGUCGACCUUUGAUUCCACCGGCGCGAACGUCGAUUACAUGGGCCCGGAUCCCAUUACAGCGCCACCUGAUGUUGCAGUCAAAAUCGCCAAAUUUCUCAGCGGGCAAGCGGCGACAAGUCUUACUCCAGGCAACAAGGACGAAGAGGCUCGACCACAAAAACAAGGUAAAUCAGGCCGAAUCGCUGUCAGCAACGCCGCGCCCACCACGAAAGGGAAGGGCAAGGCGAGGGCAGACUUAAAUUCUGAUAAGCCGAAUGCUCCUUCCGGUCAUUGGGACACUCAGGCGCCGCGCUUACUGUCCAACAUCCGUUCCCACCUUCAGGACCAAUGUGGCAUUGACAUCGACGACUUUCGAGAUGUCAAGGCAAUCGAAAAUCUCAUUGAAACUCAGCCAAAAAAUGGUGACGUCGCCACGAAGAGAGCGCUCUCUGUCCUUUUGGUUGCAGUACAGGGGUUAUCUGCUACACCCAAAGACCGUCCUGUGUCUGGCUCAGUGGACAUGGUGGAUGUCAGUCUUAAUCAGGCAGUUGUAUCAGAAGGCAGGACCGGUCAGACAGUGACGCGCGGCGCAUCGCCCACCGCUGACGCCGGCAUUACGGUAACAGGUGGCCUCGGCUCCAGUGGAGCAACGGGCACGCGCAAGCAUUCAAGGGCCACUUCUGCCGAGACCCAGUCCACGGAUGAUGAAGCAAGUCCGUCUUCAAAACGGUCCCGAAGGUCUAAUUCCAUCUUCGAAGAUUCUUCAAAUCCUUUCGGUCAAACGUAAGUGGGUACAGGAGAGACAACGUGGACGCGCCCAUGGUAUGAGUCGCAGGGAUACUGAUCGAUCGGACAAUUUGCUUCUAUGUAUCAAGUUUGCGGGUCGAACACAUGUGGUAGAGUAGUUAUGACACAAGAAUUUCGAAUUAAGAUUUCGC